AUGUGCAGCUACGUUCCAUCGGCCAAUACUCAAGACCACACCGAGCACAAGGACAUCUCAUCGACAACCAUCACCCUGCCUACUGGAGAAACUUCCUACGACGGUCUUAUCUCGGCAGAGAGGCUACAGAUCUUGGCCGGUAACUCAGAAAUAACCACGACUCCUCCCGAUUCGCAUUUCUCCAAACCCAUCAUCAAACUCCACAUCGGUGUGGUCAAGUCAUGGGCGAGACUGAUGGCCACCUACGGCUUCGACUAUCUUCCCCCCAUCGUCCAUCCAGUGCAGUCCGUACCUGAGGCUCUGGCGAACUGCUAUACACUGGUCAAGAUGUGGGCCAUCCACGCGGAAGGCAGCACACAUCUCGUGCAAAGGACAUUCCUGAGUGAGGUCCGGAGUAUUCUCCGCGACCACGCCUCUCUCAACGAAUCCGAACUACUUGCAUCUUCGCAAUCUCUGUUGCUCUUGCUCACCAUCCUGUUCUUCGACUUCGGCGAGAUGUCAAUACUGACGAAGUCUGCCAGUGCGCAGCUCCUAAUCGAAGUGUGGGAGGCCAAACGCCAUCUCGCAGCGACAGGUCUGUUCCUUGAUGAGGAAACUCAACACCGUAUGCCCGGUUGGGAGAGCUGGGCCACAGUCUCCGCGAAACGACGGACUAUCAUGGCGCUGCAUCGACUCGAGUACAGCUGGUCACUUCUGAACGGCUACCCGAUCGUCAUGUGCUGGGAAUUGAAUCCUCUGCCAGCACCGGCAGCGCGAUACUUGUGGCAAGCCAGGGACGAGGAGGCGUGGGUUCGACUCUACAGUCAGUGGCUGCAGUUGUGGAAGGACGGCACUUACAAGAUGCAUGAGCUGCUACAGUUCCAUGCAGGGGGUGAGAUGGACGACCGAAGUGAGCUGUGGUAUGCAGAAGCAGACGAGUUUGGCUUAAUGCUGGUGGCAGAAGGUAGUGUGAAAACUGGUGAUCUUAACAUCAUAUCCGCUAACUACCGAUCUUCAGCCCGCUCAAUCGCUCCUCAGAUACAGCAUGAUAAACAUAGACUAUAA